GGCUACAAGCUUCAAAUGUCCCUUCAGACGGAAAGAAGAAGGGAAGGAGAUUUUCACAUCCAUCUGAUGUAGAGAGAACGCCGGUUGCCACCUCCGCGGUCACCGGGACUACGCUCUCUCCGUUGGAUGACCCAAGACACAAAAUAAGAAGGGCGAGUCUUAACACUGAAUUCAUCACUCGUCCUAGGCGGGAGUCUCCCUCUUCGUUGGAAGGCAGACCGCGUGUCAAUCCACAGAGACUACCAGAGGAAGAAGAGGACGACACAUCCGAAAUGGGUUCAGGAGAAGGUCCACCGUCUACUUCAGAGCAAGACGAACUUCAAAGUACCUCUAUGAAGAGGAAAGACGAUAUGCUUCAUCCUCACCCUGGGCAUGCCAAGGGACUAUCACUCAGCUCUAGCAUGGAUACUACCCUGAUGUCGACUUCGGGUACUUCGGCUGCUUCAAGGUCUUCUGGAAAUUUCAACAACGGGACUAGUGUCUCAUCAUCAUCGAGAGGCUUUGAAGUAGUCCGUGGGGGAAAGGGCGUCGAAUUAGGCGGUGGUUCCUUUACAGAGGGCUCGGCAUCCAAGACGAAUUGGAUCUAUACCAAUGGUCAACCAAUGCUCCGUCCCUUUGAGACGGUGGUUUUCCAAACCCCCGUCACAACCAAACUAAAGCGCGGUAUCUUACCGGCCAAGCAACGUCGCCGUUCAUUAGUGCUUACAUCCGAGGGUCGCCUGGUCUGUAUCAAAGAGCUGAAAUCUUCAACGGGCCGAAAGAAGGCUCAGUUGGAAGAGGAACUCGUUCUCAAGUCCAUCUCGUCUAGAGAUAUGGAGAAAGUACAAACUGGAGACAAAGUAUCGUCCAUGAUCACUUCGGAUCCCCAAGGCAGCAUUUCAACUGCUGCCUCAUCUAAUGCUGCCUCAUCUUCGCCAUCCAAACGAUCUUCUAUCAUAGGGAUAUCUCUACCCAGUGGUAAUUCAAUCACCUCUGCCUUACCCAACAUCUUAUCAUCUGGGCAAACCCCUAAUCAACCUACACCGUCCUCUUCUACGAGCCACACCCCAGCGGAUCGUACAAACGCAAUCACCAACGUUGAAGCCAAGGGUGAUACCGCGUUUGCUAUCUAUUUCGGAGAAAGGGUAUCGGUCUACAAUGUCGAAUCUUCAGCCGUGGCAAAGUCUUGGAUAGAGAUGUUGACAAGCUCGAUGGAGGAUCAGAAAGGCAGUCCUGCAUAA